AUGGCAAAUGAAGAUCAGCGUGCGCGCGACUGGAGCGGCAGCACGAGUGCAAGUAGGAACACGGCCAAGUACUACAAACACAAUCGACGUGAGGAGGUGGGCGAAGAGGCUGAAGAACCGCAACACUACGACGCUCGUAGUCCCGCAAGAAUCGUAAACCAUGCAUCGGAGCAUGCAUGGUGGUUCCAGGGUGGGUGCUGGUUCCCAAGCGAAGCGUAUGAUGGAGAUGUGAUAGCUGGUAGGAGUAGCUGCCAGGGACAAGAACGAAGCCACGAGCAAACAACGAGGCGCAGGUGGAAACAUGAGGAGGAGGAGCCGCAGAAACUGGACAAGCCUGUGAAGGCGAUCGUGGAGGAGGCUGCAACACGAGCCGUAGCACAGAUAAUAGUUGAGCUGCGCACGAAUGCAUUGCUGGGGAUGCGACUGACAGCUAUGGCGGAGGAAGCUGCGAAACGAGCUGUAGCACGACAUUUUGUUGAUUUGCGCGCGAAAGCACUGUUGGACUCGCAAGGAAAUACGGCAGAGCUCUGCUCGGAUGAACCACGAGAGAAGCAAGCUGAUGCAGACGGGCUCAAGAAGAAACAAGGACUCCUCGCGUGGCGUGAAAUUCUGAAGCACAAGAACAUCAAGGUGCGCAACGUUCAGUGCGUGAAUGGCAAGGUGCGAGUACAAUUCUAUCGCAGCUACUGGGCAGCAGGGGAUCGUGGUCCUACGACUACAAGACCUCCGCUGAGAAGCAAGGUGCUCGAAACCGAACUGCAGCAGGAACACUACUCCGGCGACUACGAUGGUGAACCCGUGUGUCCGACUAAGUGGGUUGGACUACAAUCAUGA